AUGAACCUCUCACCCCUCUCUCCCUCUGGAGGCCUGAACCAGCAGCGUAUCACCCAGAGUGCUCCUGGUAAGCAGGGGAGCCAGCUGCCUUCCAGCCCCCAAAGUGGAGGAGUCAUGGGGGGCAGCAACCAGAUAAAGCUCCAGCAGCUGCAGAUGGAGAAGGAGAGGUUGAGACUGAAACACCAGGAGCUGCUCCGCACCAGACCACAGGAGCUUGCUCUGAGGAACCAACUGCCCACCAGUAUGGAGCAGGAUGGGGGAGCCCUUAACCCUGUGUCGUCCCCUGGGAUGGGCCAGGACGCCAGAAUCAUGACCACCAACAGCAAUGACCCAUUCCUCAACAGUGGGACCUACCACUCCAGGGAUGAGAGCACAGACAGCGGUCUGAGUAUGAGCAGCUACAGUGUCCCCCGUACCCCCGAUGACUUCCUCAACAGUGUGGACAGUGUCCCCCGAACCCCUGAUGACUUUCUCAACGGUGUGGACGACAUGGACACAG